GUUGACCGUUUGGAGAGCAAAACACAAGACAUCGGACCCGAUCCCAAACCGCCGCCUGGAUCCCAUGGAGGGCGUGAUGGGGGCGCCGUCCAAACGGCCGCGGGUGCAGCCUAGUACCUGGCCUCAGGCCUCGGCAGCCUCCGCGGCCGCCGCCAAGCCGAGGCACCUGCCAUCGAUGGCGCCGGAGGUGGCCGAGGCGCGAGAGAGAGACUCACAGGCGGGUGAGCGAGCCAGAAUCCAGCAUCGCCCACGGAAAGCCACUCAAGGUCGAGCCGGAGGAUGGGCCUAAAGGGCCUAAAGAGGAGCACGAGGCCGAGGAGCCCCAGGAGAGCGUGGUGCUGGCGCGGGUGCGGCAGCAACUGAUGGAAACCGAGGCUGCCUUAGCUGCCUUGGAGCAGGAGGGCCUUCAGGAGCCGAAUGAGCCAGUGGAAGCGCGGGCUUUCGCAGAGGGAAAGAAGGAGAUGCCUGACGAUGAGGAGGAGCCAUGGGAGAGGUGGGACGAGAUGCCCAUUCCGGAGGCUGCUGAGAUGGAUGAUCGGCCCAAGGUGCCCAGCCCCAAGGUGCGUUGGCCCAAGGAGCCCGGGCAGGCCUGGCCGCUGCCUGCGUCUUGUGCUGUCGGCGUCUUGUCGAAAGCCUUGCUGCGGCCUCUGCCGCUGAGCGCUAGGGUACCAGAGUUCAACUCGGUGGGUGUCGGCACUUUCUGAAGCGAUCGGUCCCCACGAUGCAGCGUGCGGGUGCCACGUUGCGUCGCGUAGGGGAACAGCUGCCCCAAAAUGGGGAACUGACCUUAGUUGAGUAUGAUUUCUGGUUGGC